CGAAGAGCAGCUGCAGGCAUGGCAACCGGACUGCGGUACCCGGGCAAGGUGGUCAUUGUGACCGGGGGCACGAGUGGCAUCGGCCUGGCCAUGGUGAAAGAAUUUGCUCGCCAAGGAGCCAGGGUGGUCUUCUGUGCACCAGGGUCUGAAGCGGAAAAGGGACAGUUGAUUCAGAAGGAAAUUCAGGAUUCUGAGUGUGCUGGGGAGGCUUGCUUCCAGGUCUGUGACGUCCGCAUUGACAGUGACAUUCAGACCUUGCACUAG